AUGGUCAGGCAACGCUCUAAUAAUGGAACCGCCGUCUCGAUCACAAAAAGAACUUUAAAAUCUACAACCCAAUCUAGCUCUUCUGCUCAAGCUGGUCCACGUGGACGAAAGUCGAAUGUUGGCGCAGUAUCGUCCACAAAGAAAUCAACUACCAACGGGAAGUCUCGCUCAAAAAAGAUUACUAAAAAUGAUUCACAUAGGAAGCGUGGAAAACCAGAUUCUGGUGAUGAAUUUUACCAGAGCGAUGAUACUCGAGAUGAUAUCGAUGUUGACGAUAAUGUCACUAUAAACACUAUUUCUAAUGACGGGAGUCAUGACAUGGAGGAUUUGAUCGGGGUUCUUCAAACUAGAACUAGCAAAAAAUCUAAUUCUCGUUUUAACAAAUUCGAAAGAGAACAAGAAACAAGAUUACAGGAAGCAAUGGAAUUAAUAAACGGUGAAAACGGUGUCGUCAAUGUUUGGGUUUCCGAAAUGAAAAAUAUCGCUUUGUCUGUAAUGAAAAAAAUGGAUGAAAAAUUAAAUAAUGAUAGUACUUGUAUUAAAAACUUAAAACUUGAAUUUGAAAAAUAUCAGUCUGUUACAACCGAAACGUUAGAUCACUUGGCAAAAAUUCACACACAGUCUCAAAGAUUCCGCCGUGAAUUAGAUAACGAAUUGAAGCGACUUUACACUACUGAUGAAGCAGAAUUAAACGAAUCUUUAGAUCAUUUUAUAAAAGAUCAAAGACAAGUUCGAAAGUCCUUGGCUAAGUCAAACAAGUCAAGUAUAAUAGCCAAGGAAAUGAACGCUAGUAAAAGUCGAAUUGCACGCGUGGGGUUAGAAAACUUUCGUAUUCCAGAUCCGGAUAUUUCAGGAUAA